CUCUCUCUCAAUCUCAAUCUCUCUCACCCUCUCUCUCACACACGCACACACACACACACACACGCAGUCCGCGUGGCCACACAUCCUAUGUGAAGUUUCAGAAAACGAAGUGUUUUUACCUCAGGGGCUUUCUCUUGAAGGUAAGAGCUGACAAGCAGGACUUGUUCUGCUUCUCUUGCUAGCUGUGUGGCUGAGUUUGGACUUCAGGAGCUAGCUCAUGUUCCUCUUACUAACGUGGCUGGGAUGCUAAGCUUUAGCUACUACCGGCUAAUUUGCGUGAACUGGUUCACGUUUCCAUAUGUCGACGGACUUAAUGUGGUUUGGAGGUCAUUUAGAAAUGUUUUAACCCUGUUUACGAUAGGUUUAUAAUGUGUAAACUGUAUAUUAUGUGGAGGAAGUGUGAAGAUACAGGUAAGUGUAAAGAUAAGUGUAAAGUACAGGAAGAUUACUAAAGAGUUCACGUUAGCUAGUAUGAAGAUAGUCUGGUUUUGUUAGACGAUCAGCGUACUUUCCGUCUUUUUAGCCGUGGACUAUAGAUUAGAUUAGAUUGGAUGAGAUAACAUUUCCUUACGUUACAUUAGACGGAUAGAUGAUUUAGUUAGCUAAAAUAAUAAAGCCACUUCCUUCCGCAUAGAUCUACAGGUGUGCUGUGUACAUAUUAACUAAGUCAAUCUGUCAGAAGACAGAUGAAAGCUUUUGAAAUAGAUCGAGGAAAGAGAGAGAAAAAAGGAUUGCUGGCAAGUUGACAAAAUGUUGUAAUGAAUGAUGUUAUAAAGGUUGGUUGUAUAUAAACUCUGUUGGUACUGUAAAAGCUAAUUAUAAACUUAACGCAGUGAUGUGGAAGAAAAGAAAAAGCCAUAUAAAGACCUCACUCACCCAGAGGAGCAUCAUUUAACUACAUGAUCACUUGCUUCCUUAUCUGAACACACAGCUACAUCCAAAUGAACUAACUUAUCUUUCUGAUUAAAAAGGGAAAAACGUGUGAACAUUCAAGAGUAACCUAUAUUCAAAUGCAACCACUUGAUCAACCUCUUGAACAACCUGUCAUGUAGUAAACAGGGAUGGACAUGAAUGCAUCUGAUGGUGAGAACGUUAACUAUUAAGAUGUAUGAUGCUAAAUUGGUGCUGCUAUGCAGAGGUUCCAACAUCUGCAGGUUAGCUUGCAUUUUUUGACCACUUGCUAAGGUGAUACAUGAAACACCUGAAAACUAUGCUUUUCUACCUUCUCAGCUAAACCAGUGGUCAGACCAGCCAUGAAAAAAUGAGCCUCUAUGUUGUGAACCAAUAGGAAUCCAAAAACACACCUCAUCAAGAUUCCCUGUGUUGGCUAAUUUAGAUAAGAAAACAGCGUGUUACAGUGGCAGAACUACCACACUGCUGAUGUGUUCAACUUGACGAUUUGACCCAGUGACAACAGAUGAGCUAUAACUGAGACCCAAGCAAUCCUGAUUUUGUCGUCUGGCACCACCCCCUCAACUUUUUUCCCAACUCCGUCCUUUUCUGCUUCCUCUGUCCUCCACAGAUUGUGUUCAGAGUGAAGUCAUGGCUAAAGCAGCAGACACCGGUUCCACCAACUCCAUGCGUCUGAAGCAGGAGAUCUCACUGUUACAUGGAGUCUGCCUAAUUGUGGGCAAUAUGAUCGGCUCGGGUAUUUUCGUAUCUCCAAAGGGUGUGCUGCAGUACACAGGCUCCUUCGGGUUGUCACUGGUGGUGUGGGCUAUCGGUGGCAUCUUCUCUGUGUUUGGUGCCCUCUGUUAUGCUGAACUCGGCACCACGAUCCGUAAAUCAGGUGCCAGCUAUGCCUACAUCCUCGAGGCUUUUGGUGGCUUCCUGGCGUUUAUUCGUCUGUGGACUUCACUGCUGAUCGUGGAGCCAGCAUGCCAGGCAGUCAUUGCUCUUACUUUCUCCAACUACCUGGUGCAGCCUUUCUACCCGACCUGCACAGCUCCAUAUGAUGCCGUGCGGCUCAUCGCAGCUCUCAUCAUUGCUCUGCUGACUUUUGUGAACUGUAUGAAGGUGAAGUGGGGGGCUAUCCUGCAGGUCAUCUCUACUGUUGCAAAAGUGCUGGCUCUCAUUGUCAUCAUCAUUGCUGGUUUGGUCAUCCUGGCCCAAGGUAAGACAAAGAACUUUGAAGACUCUUUUAAGGACUCUAAUCUGAAUCCUGGAGACAUGGCAUUGGCUCUGUACGCUGCUCUGUAUUCAUACUCUGGCUGGGACACUCUGAACUUCAUUACUGAGGAGAUCAAAAACCCAGAGAGAAACUUGCCACUGUCUAUAGCCAUCUCCAUGCCCAUUGUCACGGUUAUCUACCUCCUGACCAACGUGGCCUAUUACGCAGUCAUGGAUGCAGAGACUGUGCUGCAGAGUGAAGCAGUGGCUGUGACGUUUGCUGACAGUGUUCUUGGCUAUGGACGCUGGCUGAUCCCCCUGUCUGUGGCCAUCUCCUGCUAUGGCGGUCUCAACUCCUCCAUCAUUGCUGCCUCCAGGCUGUUCUUUGUAGGAUCUCGGGAGGGUCAUUUACCCAACGUUCUGUCCAUGAUCCAUGUGAAGCGCUAUACACCAAUCCCAGCCUUGCUGUUCAACGGUGGCAUGAGCUUGCUUUACCUGUUUGUUCGAGAUGUAUUCCAACUUAUUAAUUAUUUCAGCUUUAAUUACUGGCUGUUCAUUGGCCUAUCCAUUGCCAGUCAGAUCUACCUGCGCAUAAAGGCUCCUGACAUGCCUCGUCCUGUAAAGCUUAGCCUGUUCUUCCCCAUAGUGUACUGCUUGUGUAGCGUGUUUCUGGUGGUGGUGCCGCUCUACAGUGACACUAUAAACUCUCUGGUGGGCAUCGGGGUGGCUCUCUCCGGCGCGCCAGUCUACUACCUCUUUGUGUACCUGCCUCCCAGCUCCAGACCUGCCUUCUUGGGAAGAAUGUUCGAUAAGAUCUUGCUGUUCACCCAGAAGUUGUGUUUCUGCUGUGUAGCAGAUCCAGGCCUUGACCUCGACAAUCCAACUGAAGUGGGCAAAUCGAAAUGACCAUGAACUGGAAUUUUAACCAGAAUUACUUUUUUUUAUUUUUUUUAAAUCUUUUUUUUUUAUAUUUAAUAUAUUUUGGUUUUAUAAUGCAAGGUAGAUUAUGUCAGUUCAAGUCUGUAUAUUUGGAUCAGAGCAUGAGAAUAUGGACUCAGAGGUGUUAAUAUAAUACGAGUUAAUUCGCACAACAUGUACACACACACACAUAAUGGAUUUGCUGUAGCAUUUCUGAUUUUUGACCCCUUGUUACAAUGAUAGGAGAGAGACCUGAAAAUGAGGCUUUGCUGCUUUUUUCAGAUAAUACAAUGGUACAUCAGUUAGACCAAAUGAAUAAAAUGUGCUCAUUAGAAUAACCAGUUAACUGAAGCAGAACGGAUGUGAAAGACAUCAUUUGCUUCUGGAAAUACUUUUACUUCAUGCCAACUUUAUCUAGGAGAACUUUACCUCGUGUAUUCACGAGCCUUGGUCUUUUGGGAAAGAAAGUGGCCAAGUGGGCAGGACUGUGGUCUCUCUGGUCAGUAAAAAAUGGAGCUGCUUAUUAAGUAGCACUUAGACCAGACUUUUGCCUUACUCUUUGUAUAUGGCUGCUUGGUGCACACUGAAAAAGAAUAGCUUUAGUCAAUAUUUUUGUCAGUGACACAGGAAUUUUGUGGUAAAAUUCUAUUCUUUUUGUUCGUCUAGGAUUUUCUUGUUAAUAAUGUUGGCUUGUAUGUCUGUGUGUGUGUUUUGUAAUGUAGUCUUUGAUCUAAUGUGUGCUAGCCUCGGAAAAACACUGGCACACGUAAAUGAAGGAUUAUAUUUGAUUGACGUCCAGACAGGAGGGCCCCGAAGGGCCCUUUUUCCCCUUACACUGAGUUAUAUAUCCACCAAGCAGUCAUUUUAUUUUUCAGGAAUAAUUAAGCAGUUUAUUUAUUUUUCACUGUGGCCUUAUAGGCCCGUAUACAUAGAGUUUUUUCCAAUAUUUGCUAGAUUUGUUUUAUUAUAUAUAUUAUUACAUUGCUUUAAAAGUUUGGUUUUUUUUGGUCUAGAUUAUGUGGAUUAUUUUUCUUAUAUAUAUUAUUACAUUGCUUUAAAAGUUUUUUUUUUUUUUUGGUCUAGAUUAUGUGGAUUAUUUUUCAUGUCUUGUGACCUUUUAUAGACAGACAACCUAUGCAUAAAAUGGAAAAUUGCCUAUUUCCAUAGCAUUUUAGUAAGAAUAGUCCCUCCAGUCCUUGUUUACAUCAGAAACAUUUUCUUUUAGAUGUUCAAGCAGUUUCAUGCUAAAAUAAUUCCACUGUACAUGUGUCUGUGGGAAAAAGUACAGUAAUAGUGUCAUAUUAUUGUUCUCAUGAACUGCCUUCUAAGAAAGGGGCAGAGCUGAGCACACCUGUUCUAGCUCAGGGCACAGUUUAUGUCCAGGCCGGAAAAAUACACACAGAUACCUGAAGUUAAGAAACUAGAAAUAUCUGAUGCAACAUUUCAAAUCACAGAUUUUGUGAGGUAACUUUAACAUAUUCUGAUUAUUAUAUGUCUAUCACUUUAUGGCACAAGGACACAUUAAUAGCUCUUUUAGUGCUGGAUUUCAGGACACAGCAGUCUACUCUCAGGCUAAAUCACAAGCUGUUUUAUUAUUCGCACUUGAAUUUCUUGUACUUAGCCAAAGCUUAAGAUUAGGGUUCUGUUCCUAAAGAAUAGGUUUUGUAACACCACAUUUAUUUCUGAUUAUAAUAGGAUUUAGGAUCAUGUGAUUAUCAAAGCUGAGUGUGUUUAUUCUUCAGCCUCAAUCUUGUAUGUUGUAUUCUAUUCUAGCGCCUAACACACUUGAACCAAAAAAGUUGUUGAUUUUAGAGGUGUAUGAAAUGUCACUGCUUUGCUUUGUCUUUUUCCCAAAUUCUCAGCACAGACCUCCAAAAACCAGCAAGUUUUAUUAUCGUAAUUUUAACACUACUUGCAUAUGUCAUUUAAAGAGAAGUUUUGAGAGUUGUCCUUUUUCCACACCCAAGUACUGUAUUAUUAUCACAUGUACCUUAUUCACAUAUAAAUAUUUUUGUGAUGUUAAUACAUUGUUACAGCAUUGUUUGUAUUUGUAUAUUGUAUACAUGUAUAAGAUAUUUGUGCUUGGUUUAGGGUACAUUUGUGUCUGUGUAACUUUCUAUGUGAACAUUUAUGUGUGGGUGGGUGUGGGUGUGAUUAUCUCCAGUCUUACCUGUUUUGCCAUAUGCUGGUCUUGUUCAUAAGCAUUUUGCAUCUAUGCAUUCAGUUGUUGCUGGCUGUGUAUUUCUGUGCCUGUGUUUUUUUUUUUUUUUCCAGAUGCUGAAUUUUAUAUACCAAAUAAAAAGGUGGUGUUAAAAAUUCAAAAUGCACAUUU